CGGUGACGUCCCAAGUCUGAGGUGACGGCGCGCCGCCGUUGCCGGGCAACCGACCGAGAGGCCCCUGGCGGAUCCUCGGUGCGGCCGUGAGUGAGUGAGUGGGCGGGCGGGACGAGUGAGGGACCCUCCCGGGGCACCGGAACGGGCCGGCACCAAUGGGCCUCGGUCUGCUACUGGGGGCGACGGCGGUGGGGAAGACGCUGCUGCUGAAAGCACUGCACAAGAUGAGUUUGAAAGAAGUGCUUGGUGAACUUGACGAGCUCCCACCUACACUCCCCACGGUGGGCACAAACUUAACUGAUAUCACGAUUAAUAAGAGGAAAAUUACUAUUCGAGAACUGGGAGGCUGCAUGGGACCUAUCUGGCCAAGUUACUACGAAGACUCUGAAGCUGUGAUAUUUGUCAUCGAUGCGGCCAAUCCCACCCAGAUUUCCUCCUCCUGUAUUCAACUACUUGAAGUUCUCUCAGCUGAGCAACUGCAGGAAUCUCCGGUCCUAAUUCUCUUCAACAAAGUUGAUCUACCCUGCCACAUGUCCCUGAUAGAAAUGAAAAGCCUGUUCAGGAUGGAUGACGUAUUGGCCUGUGCCAAGCAGGCAGUCAGUGUGCUGGCGGUGAGCGCACAGACUGGCGAAGGGCUGGACCAGGUCUUGAAGUGGCUUCACUCCCACCUCAAGGGGAAAAAUUUGUCCUGAAGGCAAUCAACAGCACACCUUUCCCCAAAGCAGCCAUUCAAAAGCUCAGAGGAGCCCAGAGGCAGUGGAUAUGAUGGCUCCCUCAGAAUGUCCUGUAUCUGAAAACUAUGUACAAUGGCACAAGCCUGUGAUUUUUGAAUUGUAUUCGGCCUUGUAAGGGACAAAAGUGCAUUAAUGUCAAGACAUUUCCAGCUUACUAAAACAGAAUGGCAGAAUUAAUCAUUCCUGCUCCACUAUAAAUAUGACUCUAGAGUUGCAUCAUUCUAGUUACAGGUUAGGCUUUAUCAUUAUGAAAUCCUGUAUUUAUAGUUAAUGCUUGCUCUCUCUGUAAUAAUUACCAUGUUUAUGGAUAGGUUUUAAGUUAAUAAAUAUUAACUUAUUAAAAGAAUAAAUAUAAAUUUGCUCUGCAUUGCAAAAUGCAGCAGAUUCCAAUUAAUUGGGACACAUUGGGACCAGUACAUUUUGGCCCAGUAACGACUGCACCAAUUAGCUGUAAUUUCAUGGAAAUGGUUAAAAACAUAUAAAAAAGAUAAAUUGUGUAUUUAAAUGAAAUAGGCCAAAUUAGAAUACUACCAGUAAUAGCAUGGUACUAUAAAACUGUUCCCAAUAGCUAUCAGCAGAGGAAUUCAUCCAGUGAGGUGCACAGGGUGUAUUCUUUUAAUUAGACUGUAAAUGAACAAAGUCAGCGCAGUUGGACUGCCUUCAUACAAUACUGUUGCUGAUUAUAUCCUCCAAAUCAUUUUCAUUGUAACAUUAAAGAUGAUUGUCGAUACCUUCAACUUACUAAAAUAGUAAAAUAGUUUCAUUUUCACUCCUGGUUGUUUACAGCAUCUCCAAGCCUGAAUGUUUGAACCCACAGUGAGCAAAACAGUUCUGAAUUGUCUUACUGCUUAUUUCUCACCAAGUAUCAGUGACAAAAAUCACUGCUUUUUGAAUAGAAACACACACACAACUGAUGCUAGUUAGAAAUUGUUCGGUAAAGGUCUCCUGCUCCAAUUAAGUGGCAUAGUGUCCCAAAUAAAGGAAGGAAAUCCCAGCUGUUUUUGUCUUUUAAGAGUUGUCCCAAACAAGUGGCUGCCCCGAUUAAUUGUUGUCCCAAUUAACUGGAAUCCACCGUACUUUAUAAUAUACACAUGAAAUAAAGGCAUGAGUUUCUUUACAUUGUUAUUUAGUAUAUACAUUUUAUGUCAGUAAUAAGAGUCAUGUUAUUGUAGCCACUGUGACUUCAUAGUGUAGUUAUAGACCUCAGUAUUUUCUCCCUCUUUUGCAUUCCUGACCUCCAUAGAUGCUGGAAGAUGACAUGUACUGAUUGUAUUUACCAUAUAUUAAUAAAAUAUAUAUUUUAAAUAAAAA